AUGGCCGACUGGCGCUCCGAAUACCUAGCCUCCAUCCGGGAGCAAGAGAAGAACAACCCCGUAAACCUCGAAAUCGUACAGCUCUGUUCCCAGCUCUCCGACCACGUAGCAGCCCUCGAAGCCGAAAACCAAGUCCUCAAAUCCAAGACCACGCCCGAAAAGAAGAGCAAGACCACAGCCUCCGAGAACUCCUCCAACCCGACCAUCGCGCAGCUCCAGCUCCAACUCGCCGAGGCCCUCCGCUCAAACGGCACCCUCAAAGAUCGAGCCAAGCAAGCCGAGGACGAGGCCCAGACGCUACGAAGCAAACACAAGGAAGACGCGAGAAAAGUACGCAGCCUGACGGCGGAGAAUACCGCCCUCACAACUAAACUACGAGAUCGGGAACACGAGCUGCGGGAGAAGCGCAAGCUGGUCGAGAACGUACAAGACGAGAUGAUUACGAUGAACCUGCAAAUGUCCAUGGCCGAGCAAGAGCGGGACAAGGUCAAGAAGGAGAACAAGGAGCUCGUCGAUCGGUGGAUGAAGAGAAUGGCCCAGGAGGCCGAUGCCAUGAAUCUCGCAAACGAGCGCUGA